GCCAGGAGGCGCUCGGGGCCUAAUCCCCGGGGCCGGGAAUGUGACCCACCUUUGUGACAGAACAGAUUGUAGGGAUGCGAUUAGCUUUGAGACUGGGUGGGGCGGGGAUAGUCCGAAUUAUCCAGGUGCGCCUAAUGUAAUCAACGGCCCUUAUAAAGAGGAAGCAGGCGGCAGGCGGCAGCUAAGAACGCAGCUGUGGUGGCGGCGGCAACAACAUCGACGACGGUGACAGAGACCGGGGAAACAGAAGAUGGCUGAUUUUUUGAAAGGGCUGCCUGUCUACAACAAAAGCAAUUUUAGUAGCUUCCAUGCCAACUGUCUGUGCAAAGCCUCGAACCGACGUCCGCCAGUCUACCUGCCCACUCAGGAGUACCCGUCUGAACAGAUAAUUGUGACAGAAAAAACAAACAUUCUUUUGCGCUACCUACAACAGCAACGGGACAAAAAGAAUGCCGCCAAGAAGAAAGACCAGGAGCAAGUGAACCUCGAGGCCGAGAGCUGGGCGUCCCCGUGCAAGAUCCCACGGAUCUACAGCCAGGAUUGGGACGACUGGGACAAGGACCCUUGAGACUCACGGCCCCACUCAGACGCCUCCUGUGCUGUCUGCUCCUCGCCUGCCCGCAGGCCUGCCCACGCCCCACCGUUCACACCAUUUCCAAUAUGAUAAAGCCAAUGUAUUUAUUUUCCUUGUGUUUUUAUUGAUGCUGUAAACUUACCAACUUAUGAUUAAAGGGGAUGUCAGACCCACUACUGUGAUGUUGGUAGGUGUAUUUUAAACAAACAAAAAAAUUGUUAUUCGCUGCCUCUUCCUUCAGUUCCCCCUCCUCUUGCCCCCUAGUCCUCCUCUGGAAAACUGGAGCCUCUCUCCGAGGGUCUAGAUUCGGGGCCCUGCUGCAGCUGGUCCUCAUGGGUGGGGGCUCUUCUCUUGGUUCCCAUUUGCUGGUCCGGGUCUUAAACACUUGGCCUUGUCACAAGUUCCGCGGGGACUUACUCUGCCCAGACCUUGCUCCUUGCUCUGGGAGAAGUCAGCGCUUCCGAAUCUUGUUGUUCAGUCGCUAAGGCACUGACUCUAUGGACUACAGCAUGAUGCCAGGCUUCCCUGUCCUUCACUAUCUCCCAGAAAUUGCUCAAACUCAGG